AUGCAAAAAAAAACGCCAUUAGAUAGACACUUAAUUUUGGAGAUGUUUUACUAACCGGAAUAAGGGUUCGCAUAAUUUCUUCUUAAAAAUUAUUAGUUCUCAUUCUAAUAGUUGCCUACUGUAGAGGAAAUUAAUUCUAUACUAAAUUCUGUGGAAAAAGCUUACAACAGUAAAAGGGGAAUGUGGACUCCUUGCUAAGACAAAUUCUUAAAUUUAUUGGUGCUUGGUACAUGCUUGAAAACAUAAGAAAGUCCUGUUGACUUAUCCUCCUAUUAAUGGGAAUAAAUUUCAAGGAUGUUCAGAUAUCAUAAUUGGAAAGGCUGUAGGAAUAGAUGGCUGGAGGAGUGUCAUCAAAAGGUUAGUUGGACUCCAGCGGAAGAUUAAGUUUUAAUAUAGUUAUAGUAAUUACAUCCAAAUAAAUGGUGUGAGAUUGCAAUUGAGAUGAUGAAAAUUUGCAAGACUCCCUACAUUCGAUAGGGGAAAUAGUGCAGGGACAGGUGGGUGAAUAAAUUGGACCCAAAUAUAGUGAACCUUCCGUGGACAAAGGAAGAGGAAUUGAAACUAUUUAGAGAGAUAGAGAAGAGAGGGAAGAGAUGGGCUGAGAUUUCAUUGAAGGUUUUUAAGUUGAGAAGAACAGAAAAUACAAUCAAAAACAGAUAUUAUAAUUUAUUAAAAUAAGAGGAAAAUAAAAUUAAAUUAGGCAAAGUAACAAAAGAUGAAAAGAAUGAAAUAUUAGUCAAAUCUAUCAUUUAAUAACUUGAAUAAUCAGUGGACUGCAAAUACCCUCUGAAGAAUGAAGAAACAUAAGAUUCACAAAAUCAAGAGUAUCAUUUAUAGAUUUUUGAUUACAAUCAAUUACAAAAGCCCUUAAAAUUAGUUUGUUUAGUUAAAAGAAAGAUCGUCAAAUUAAAUGAAAUAUGA